AUGCCGUUCGUCCAAGCCAACACCCACAGUCUUCACUAUUCCGACUCCCAUCCCGACGGACCACCAACCCCAACUGGGCUCACUUUCCUCUUCAUUCACGGCCUGGGAUCCUCACAAAACUACUACUACCCCGUGAUCCCGCAUCUGACAUCAAAGCACCGCUGCAUCACCAUUGACACAUACGGAUCCGGCCGCUCCACGUACACUAAUGACGCGGUUUCUAUCACGGGCAUCGCAGCCGAUGCCGUCGCCGUGCUAGACGAGCUCAAAAUCCCCAAGGCCGUUGUGAUCGGUCAUUCCAUGGGCGGCUUGGCAGUCACUGAAAUAGGAUCACGGUACCCGGAUCGGGUGCUUGGUGUUGUGGCGAUUGGUCCGGUGCAUCCGUCUGAGAUGCUGGUAUCAGUUAUGAGUAAGAGAUCAGACACUGUUUUGGAAAGUGGCAUGGAGCCCAUGGCCAAUUCUAUCCCCUUUGCAGCCGUCGGAUCCCGCAGCACCCCACUCCAAACAGCUUUUAUCCGGGAGCUGGUGCUUGGACAGGAUCCCAAGGGCUACGCGGCACUUUGUCGAGCUAUAUCUGCCGCUAAGCCGGCAGAUUACGCUGCUGUGCAGGCACCGUUCUUGCUUAUUGCGGGCGAGGAGGACAAGUCGGCAUCCAUGGAGGGAUGUGAGCAUAUUUUCCAGCAUGUUUCGAGUAAGACCAAGUCGCUUGAGGUCCUGAAGGGAGUGGGACACUGGCAUUGUAUUGAAGCAGCCGAUGAGGUUGGCUCUCUCAUCUCCCAGUUUGCCGAUGGUAUUGUUGUUUGA